AUGUCCGAAAAUGGAUGGUACGGUACUUUGUUAACUGAGAGGGGUAUAACAAGGGGAGAAGUUAGGCGUUUGUUUUCUCCAGCAAUACUGAGAUUUGACAGAUACUACAAAACAAAGUACAGAGAUGACUACAGGGUUAUAUUACAAUAUUUCACGAUGACACACCGUCGUUACUUAUCAGCGUCAAUGGAUUCGACCAAACAGAAGUCUCUGAUUUGGAUAACGUAUUGUGAACAAAAUGCAAUUUUUUUUUUCAUGUUAGGGCAUUCUUGGUCUUGGGACCCGUCGGCGGGUAUGUGCAAGCGGGACGCCGCACAUCAAACUUUUGCAGGAACAAACAAUUUUUUUAUUUUUUUGGUGUAA